AUGUCUCUUGCACGUAUGUCAAGCAGGGUACUGCGAGAUGUUUCCAUCAAAGGAGGAGGGAAAGGAUUGCGCCUGGAUCAAACCAAAUCAUGGCCUGGAAGACCUCCGAUGGUGCGAGUGUACCCGGUCAAGGAUUUUGAUUUGAAAUCUUGGACAGUGGAUCUUGCGAAUUUGGUGGUCAGUAGUGCUGAAGAUACCGUUGAAGAGAGAGAAGUAACAGUCAGUGUGGCCUUGAGUUUUUGA